AUGAUCUCUAAUGAAAUUUGUGAAGCAGCAUCAGUUUAUGAUUAUAAUCCACAUUCAUCUUUUGUCGCACCUUUUAUAAAUCCACGAUUGCUAGUCACCGAAACGCCCAAUGACCUUUCAGUAUAUCCAUCAUCUAUCACGCAUUCGAUAUUAGGACAACAACAACGGGAACCAGAUCAAACUAUUGAAGGAUUUGUCGAAUCAAACUCAGCAACAUUAUUGAAACAAAGUCAACUUGCAAUAAUUCCACCGGAAUCACGUCAAGCAAUGUUUACUAGCUUAACGGAAAAUAUUACGCAAAUUACAUCAUCACCAAUUAAAACCGCGUACUCUAGCAAUAAUAAUAAUGCAUCUAUGGAGGAAAAUAAUCAAGGGAUCACACAUACUAAUGAUUUCGCGACGUUGGUUUCUACAAUGUCAUCACAACAGCAUUCUACAAAUUCUGAUAUUUACAAUAGGCCGCAUCGGAAUCGAUUUUUGGAAGAAGAAAACCGACGAGAUGCUAGACGAAGAGAACGUAACCGAUUAGCAGCUCGACGCCAUCGUAAUAAAAAACGGUACAAGAGCGAUCAACUAGAAAAUCAAGUUCAUGAAUUGAUGGUUGAGAAUGAACGACUGAAAGGAUUGGAAGCAGAAGUAGAACGUUUGAGAGGAUUGCUUAAGGAUGUAAAAA